AAGCAGCUUCAGGAAACACCCACAUUUGAAGAACAGGAAGUAUCACAUGUCUCAAGCAGCAGCAGCAGCACUGUUCAGUGAUAAGAAAAGAUGCAUGAGCAGCGCAUCUUCCUGCUCACCUACAUGGUGGCUGUUGCCAUCCCUGUCUCUUUGACUUUCAACAUUGAUACGACACCUCAAGAUGUCUAUAUUGGGGAACAAAAUGAUUUCUUUGGAUACAAAGUGCUUCAAUUCAUGUCUGGCACAGACAAAGGGAUAAUCGUAACUGCACCGCUGCGGCUAAAUGGAUCUGGGAGCAUGUGUAAACCGGACCAAAACCAACAGAUCCAGUGCUUCACCCCUGAAGAUCUUUCUCUAACAGACACAACAAUACCAGUCAAGCACUUUGGCCUGUCGAUAGCUGAAGAUGCCAAACGCUCCGAAUUCACUGUGUGCAGUCCAAGUGUAGUCCAUGAAUGCAAUGAGAACUCCUAUGUGAACGGCGUGUGCUACACCAUCACGAAUCAACUUCAGCAAAUCUCCUCUUUCAAAACUGCUUUCCAGGAAUGCACAAAAAAGACAGUGGACCUUGUCUUUCUUUUUGACGGAUCACGGAGUAUGAGCGAGGACGAGUUCAACAAAAACAAAGAUUUCAUCGUGGAUAUAAUGAACAGCCUUAAGAACUCAUCAAUCAAGUUUGCAGCAGUUCAGUUCUCCACCGAAUAUCGAAAGGUUUUUGACUUCAACGACUACCAAGCUGGUAGGGAUAGCGAUAAACUUCAAAAAGAACCACAAUUGAGGAGCCUCACCAACACACAUAAAGCCCUCAAAUUCGUGUUGGAUGAAAUCUUGGACAACUCAGAGUCAGGUGCUUCUCCUGAUGCAACUAAAGUUGUGGUACUAAUCACAGAUGGAGAUCCCAGCGAUUCAGACAGAAAUGGCAUUAUUAAAAGAUAUGAUGAGAAAAACAUAAUUCGCUUUGUAAUUGGGGUCAAAGAUGCAAAACUGGAAAAAUUCAGAGCCAUUGCUUCAGAUCCAAAAGACAAAAAUGCCUUCAAAAUUGAGAACUAUGACAGACUGAAAGAAGUACUGGAAAACUUUCAGAAAAAGAUCUUUAAAAUGGAAGGCUCCAAAGUCUCUCGGGCAGGCGAUAUGACCAAUGAAAUGUCUCAGAGCGGAUUCAGUGCUGUCUUCUACAACGAUACACUGAUUCUGGGUUCAGUGGGAUCAAACAGCUGGCGUGGUUCUCUCCAACACCGUCAUGAACAAAAAGAUACACAAAUUGAUGAUCCACACAUGCAGAUGGACUCCUACAUGGGAUACUCUAUUUCUGUUGGAGAGAAGAAUAGCGCUCCUCUAUAUUUCUCCGGGGCACCAAGAUUUGAGCACAUUGGACAGGUCGUACUUUUCAGACUCAAUGGGAAGAACUGGACGGCAGCCCAGAGAAUAAAUGGGGACCAGAUUGGUUCUUACUUUGGUGCAGAGUUGUGCUCAGUAGAUGUCAACUCAGAUGGUAACACCGAUUUCUUGCUGGUGGGAGCUCCACUGUUUUACCAUCCUCAUGAGAAGAAAGAAGGCCAGAUCUACGUCUACACACUGACGGAUGAGAUGCAACUGAAACAUGAAUUGAUUGUGACUGCAUCAUCGAUGGGGAGAUUUGGCUCCACCAUAUCCAGUCUUGCAGAUUUAAAUGGAGAUCGACUACGAGACGUAGCUGUUGGAGCCCCCCUUGAGAAUGAUAACACAGGGACUGUGUACAUCUACCUGGGUGACAGACACAGAGGGAUACGCAGCACUUUCAGCCAGAGAAUCAUGGGACAGAAAAUAAAGCCUGUGCUGAGAUUCUUUGGACAAGCAAUUGAUGGGCACAUUGACCUCGGAGAGGACGGACUCCCAGAUAUUGUUGUCGGAUCACAGGGCGCUGCUGUUGUCUUAAGGUCCAGGCCCGUCUUUAAUGUCAAUGCCCGUCUGUCUUUUAUACCGAAUAAGAUAAGUACUGACAACAUUGACUGUCUGGGCAACACAGAUGAAACUUUACCAAUGGUUACCCUGACAGCCUGCUUUGAAAUGGUAGAAACAACAAAGAGCAAACCAGCGGCAAUGAGCUCCGGCCUGAACAUCUCGUACAUGCUCUGUGUGGAUCCAAUGAGACCAAUAUUUCGAGGUUUCUUCAGUCAAACCAACAAGAAAUCUAGAAAUCUCACCUCUAUCUACGAGCUGAGGGAUGAAGAUACUUGCUUCAACUACUCAGUCUACAUGCCAAAAUGUGUGAAAGACACAUCAUCCCCCAUCAGCAUCAGAUUAAACUUUUUCCAAGUUGACAAUGAGAGUGCGAGUGCCGUCCUGAAUAUGGACAGCAAAAUGUCUCAGGCUGAUGUUGAGGUUCCCUUUGAAAAACAUUGUAGAAAAAAUGACACCUGUAUUGCCGAACUUGACGUGGAGUUCAACUUCAUGACUCCAACAUUAUUGGUGGCAGAAGAACAAUACUUCCAAGUGCUUGUUAAACUGUCCAAUCAUGGUGAUGACUCCUACAACACCAGCCUAACAAUGCACUAUCCCAGAGGCCUCUCCUUUUCUAGGAUGACUUUUAAAAAGGCAACAAGACCAACAAUCCACAGCUGCCAAGAUCUCGAGGGAGUACUUGACAAAACCAUAUGUGGCAUCAGCCGUCCUGUGUUUCGCAGCAGAUCAGCAGCAACAUUCAUGACUUCUUUCCACAUCAUGAAUGAGUAUGAGUGGGACGACACAAUUACGAUGAACAUUACUGGUGAAAGUGAUAAUACAAACUCCACCAGGAUUGCUUUCCUGACCAAAAGCAUCAAAGUGCAAUUUAAAAUUAAAAUGGCAGUAAUGGUGAAAGAAGACUCUAUCAACUAUCUGAACUUCACAACAGAGGAUACUGGGCCUAAAAAAAUAGUUGCUACAUACAAGAUAGAAAAUCUUGGUUUCAAGGACUUUCCUGUCAACGUGUCCCUGGUCUUCCCAACUAAACUGGAACAAAACUUUGAAAUGACAAACUAUCACGUCUUUGUUCAGCAGAACAAAACUCACUGCACAGGCAUUACUGAUACACAAUCUGAAUACUGUUCGCCAGAAAAAUAUUGUAAAAUCAUAGUGUGUGACAGUUUCAUCCUGGAGAAAGAAUCACCCACUGAAUUUACAUUGUCAGGAGACGUACAAUUCAGGGAUCUCAAACAGCAUGCAGCGAAUAUUGCCUUUCUUAAACGAUAUACUGGAGAUGGCGGAGAGGUUAAAUUUAAAAGCUUUAUACAUGUCAACUAUGACAAGCAACGAUAUGUGCUGGACUCUCAUAAACAACAGGAGAAGUCCGAACCAACAAUGAAAUGGACUGAAGUUCAGGUUGAGUUCAUAAUCCUCCCGGAUCAACGCCUGAUCAUGUUAACUGGAGUUGGACUGGGACUGUUGUUUCUGAUCAUAAUCACCGUCAUCAUGUUUAAGUUGGGCUGCUUUAAGAGGAGAACGAUGGAGUAUUAUCAAGAGCAGGAGGACGGCGCUGCUCUACAGCCUGGCAGCGCGACACAGCCCACAUCGGCCCCCACCAGUGGGCUAGUCAGCCAAUCAGAGACUAACGGCCAACAUGACAAACCUACAGAGGAAAUCUCCCUUCUUGAUGAUGGUGAGGCAAAAAGCAAUUCCACGACAGCUGAUACAGAGGAGGAACUGCAUGAGUUGGCGGACUGAACUAUAAUGCAUGCAGCAUGCACAGGAGAUCCUUAGAGUGCUGCAGAACUUGAUUGAUACCUUUCAUGAGGUUUGUUAUCAACACAAGCUCUUUAACGUUUUGUUCUUUGGCACAAAAUAUGUAACUAAAUAUCCCACUCUUUAAUUUUCAUGUGUUUUAAAAAAGGCUGGUUGCUAACAAGGGGCUAAAUCCGACGACUAAACGUCAUCACACCAAACACCAGCUUAGUGGUGGUGGCAUGAAGUAAUGAGAGCAUGGUGCAGCUCAUUUUUAGCCUGCCGUCAGCUUUUUUAUUCUGCCGAUUGCAUCCAUGCUUAAAAACAUCAUAACAAUGUUCACUUGUGACGAGUUUCUUGCAGAACAAAAUGUGGAAGUGUAGCUUGUGUUGGCUAUUCUCUUUUGGUUGAGGGAACCACUGCGAUGCUAACUUCUGGUAUGGCCUGCAAAAAUAUGAAAAUGUUUGGCUUUCUUGCUGAUAGCUAGAUAAGAACAUUGAUACCUUUCAUGUCCGUCCAAUAUUGAACUGGAGCCAGGAGAGUAUUAGCUUUCUCCGGUGCUGACAACUGCAUCUCAGUCUUCCUUAGCAAGUAGUGUUUGUUCAGUUAUAAGUAAGGUGGCUAAGUAUGAAACUUUAGUCACGUGGUAACUACUGGUCUGGUAUCAGUGGGAGAUCAAAACCCUUAUUUCAUUUCAUGCAAUAACGUGUAAAACAAUAAUGUGUAAAACUGCCAGGACGCUGAACGAACAACUGAAUGAACACCAGAAAUAUCAGCUGUCUGUGAACGUGGUCAUGCAGCAUCGACUGGUAAAACAUCAAGGUCAUUGACCAGGGUUCAGGUGAAGGAGGGAGAAAGGUCAUUCCCAUCAGAUGCCACAGACUUUUUACAGAGACAAGGAUUACAAUCUUCCCUCCGUUCACAGAUCAAUUGACGUUUUGAACGAAAUGUAUAAAAAUGGACAUUUAAUGUGUUGAAAAUGGCUGAACUAGGCAUCUGUUUUACAUCAGCCCGGAACCUCUCAAUCCGCCCUCCUUUUUAAUACACUGUAACUGUACACAAGCACAGUAUUUAUUGAGCAAAUGUGAGUUCUACUUGUAUUAUAGCUGAUUGCUUCUUAUAAUGUAUAACUUUUAGAUCAUUUGAGUGAAUACAGUGGUAAGUAAAAUUAACAAUUGUCAUAAUUUGCCAGCAAGAUUGUACUUCUUUGAGAUCAGCUUUUGUGUUAACGCGUGCAGUUUGAUCAACUUUGAGUUUAAAUUGUUUAGCCUUCCAUUGUUGUCUGUACAGUAUAUAUUUUUUAUCUUAUUCCUUAGAUUAUCUUGUUUGGGCAAUCAAUAAAAAUCCUCAACGAUCCAA